AGCAGACACCACCACCAGUACCACUUCUUCCACUAAUCUAACUUAAACCUCAAACACUUUGAUUUCAUUUCACCUUCGAAUAGUUAGGUAAAUCACACCCAAAACACCCAGUCAAGAGUCACCCACUAUACACGACUCCUCAACCCUCAACCUUCUCUUAAGUCUUCACCACCCACUCGACCCUAAAGAAACCGAACCGAGGCAAUGGGUCCGAUUAAGGCCUCUGUAGGCGAUUUCUUGUUGACCUUCUUGUGGGUGUUUUGUGCGUCGACGUUUGGUGUUUUGACCUCCGAGAUAGCCACUGUUUUGGGUGUGCAAAACCUCGUUUGGCCCUCCUUGUUAAUCACCACCUUCAUUGUUUUUGUUUUCGUUUUCGUUUUUAGUUUGAUUGGUGAUUUUCUUGGUGGGGCUAGCUUCAAUCCUACUGGUACCGCCGCCUUUUACGCUGCCGGUGUCGGCGGUGAUUCUCUGCUCUCUAUGGCUCUCCGCUUCCCUGCCCAGGCAGCGGGUGCUGUGGGUGGUGCAAUGGCGAUCCUGGAGGUGGUCCCACCAAAGUACAAGCACAUGCUUGGAGGGCCUUCUUUGAAAGUUGAUUUGCAUACCGGAGCCAUUGCUGAGGGGGUGUUGACUUUUCUAAUUACCUUUGCUGUGCUUGUAAUCAUUCUCAAGGGUCCUCGUAACGGUAUCGUGAAGAUAUGGUUGCUUGCUGUGGCAACUGUUGUAUUGGUUGUUUCAGGUUCUACUUACACUGGGCCUUCCAUGAAUCCUGCCAAUGCUUUUGGAUGGGCAUACAUAAACAAACGACACGACACAUGGGAGCAGUUUUAUGUUUACUGGAUAUGUCCAUUCAUCGGAGCAAUAGUCGCGGCGUGGGCGUUCCGUUUUGUCUUCCCUCCACCACCUCCACCAUCAAAGAAACAGAAGAAAAACUAAGGUGGGCAAUAUGUGUGUUUGUUUAUUCACCAUUACAUAAGCUCAAGCUCAAUGUUCAUGUAAUAAGAAUGCCUUAUUUAGCUCUGUAAUGCAUUCAUUUUUAGUUGUCCA